GAGGUUCCUCGCUGAGGGCACCGCCGUGAAGGUUCUCAAGGAUGUCUACGUGAAGGUUCUCAAGGACGUCCAUGGAGGCAGGCCGCAGGUCAUCGGCAUCAACGACUGCAAGAGCCGCUUCAUCUACCGCGUCGUCUCCUCCAUGUUCAACACCGUCGCCGUGAAGAAGGUGGCCAUGCGGUUCGCCUUCAAGAAGGAUACCGGUGACACCCGCGAGACACCGGUCAUCGACAUGUGCUUAGGUCUGCUUGGCGACAAGGCCGUCGUUAGCAUCUACGACCCGCAGGUGAGGCGUGACCUCGCCAUGAACAAGUUUGACUGGGACCACGCGCACCCUCGCCACCUGCAGCCGGUGGGCCGUGGGAGAGCCCGCCGGGCAGCCGUCACCGUCACGUCGGACGCGUACGAGGCCGUCCGCGAUGCGCACGCCGUCUGCAUCCUGACCGAGUGGGAUGAGUUCAGGAGCCUCGACUGCUGGCGCAUGUACAACGUGAUGCAGAAGCCGGCUUUCGUCUUCGCCCUCGCAGGAUUCAUCAUCUAUGCAAUUGGCAAGCCGCUUGACCAAGCCCAGUGGCUCAAGGUCAUGCCAGCCGUCGCCUGA